AUGGGGCCACCUGAUAUGUUUGAGCAUUAUAUCCUUCUGUUUCCAGGUCUCGUGUGUCCUCUAGAAGUGUCAGUCAGUUCAGGGAGUGUCCAGGUUGCCCGGGGCCAGACAGCGGUAUUGCCCUGCACCUUCACUACAAAUGCUGCUCUCACUAACCUUAAUGUCAUCUGGAUGGUCAUUCCUCUCUCUAACGCCAACCAGCCUGAACAGGUUAUUCUCUACCAAGGGGGUCAGAUCUUUGGUGGUGCACCCCAGUUCUAUGGGAGAGUGGGGUUUGCUGUGACAAUGCCAACCACCAGUGCCUCCAUCUUCAUCAACAACACUCAGCUGUCAGAUACUGGUACAUACCAGUGUUUGGUCAACAAUCUUCCCGACCGAGGUGGCAGGAAUAUUGGAGUCAUUGGACUCACUGUCUUGGUUCCUCCUUCUGCCCCACUCUGCAGAAUCCAGGGGUCCCUGGAUGUGGGCAGCGAUAUCACACUGACCUGCAGCUCAGAAGAAGGCAUCCCCCGGCCAACAUACCUCUGGGAGAAACUGGACAAUGUUCCCAAGUUGCCCCCAACUGCCACACAAGACCAAGUCCAGGGCACUGUCACUCUCCGAAAUAUCAGCACUGUGUCCUCAGGUCUUUACCAAUGUGUGGCUUCAAAUGCCAUUGGAACGAGCACUUGCCUUCUGGACCUGCAAGUUAUUGCACCCCAUCCCCGGAGCAUCGGCCUGAUUGCUGGAGCGGUGGCCACAGGUGCUGUCGUGCUAGUUGUCUGCAUUGUCUUGGUGGCUGUGGCCCUGUUUUACUGGAAGAAUAAACACAAAGAGGAAGAAGAAGAGGAGAUUCCCAAUGAGAUAAGGGAGGAUGACUUGCCACCCAAGUGCUCCUCCACCACGAAAACAUUCCAUGCCGACGCAUCCUCUUCCGAAAACGACACCCUCACCUCCUCCAACACCUACAACAGCCGUUACUGGAAUGACCCCAAAGCCAACCAUGCCACAGACUCCUUCACCCGCUUCAGCAACAACAACGACGUGCGUCAGCCCCCCUUCUCCCGCUCGGGUAGCACGAGCACCCGCCCCAUCUACGCCAACGGAGGCCACCCGUCCCCGGCUCCCCCUAAGACGCUGGUGGUGACCGCUUAG